AUGGGGGGGUGCAUCCAGCAAAGUGCCCUGUCCCCGCCCCUGCACCCCAGGGUGAGGGCAGGACCCGACUCAGCCUUGCGGGUGCUGCAGAUGCAGGGGGGGAGUGGCUGUGGGUCCCAGGGUCCCGUCGCGCUCCCCACGGCCCGGCCCCCCCUGUGCCCCCCAGGCCCGAUGCCUGCCCAUGAGCCGGAUUGCAGCUGCGGCCGCGGGCCCAGCGUGGCGCAGGGGAAGUGGUACGGGGUCCGCUCCUACCUCCACCUCUUCUAUGAGGACUGCACAGGGGCCAGCCCCGAUGGGGACAGGGAUGGGUCCUCGCCCCAUGGAGCCUGGGCUCCCCUCAUCUGGAAGGUGAGCCUCUCCACGGGGACCCUGUUCCUGCUCGUGGGGGCCGCUGCGCUUGCUGCCGGCUCCCUGGUGCCCCCGAAGCUGGAGGGGAUCGGGGAGGAGGAGUUCGUUGUGCUGGACGUGCAGGCGGUGCGGUACAACCACGCACUGGGGACGUGCCGGCUGGUGGGCAUGGCGCUGUGCGUGGCAGCCGGGGCGCUGGGCACCGUCGGGCUCCUCUCCUGCGCGCUGGCCCCGCGCCGCCCCUGGGAAGAGGAGCAGCAGCUCUCGCCCAUCCAGUGUGGCAGCCCCUCACCGCGGCCCCCCGCCGCCUUCACCGUGGCAGGGAUGGUGGUGCCCUUCGGCAUCUCCCGUGUUCACAGCGUCCAGCCCCAGCGGGACACCUGA